AUGUCUACAAGCACAACAUUCCAAAUCCACUACUUCGCCUCCGCCUCCACCUACACAGGCAAACAAACCGAACGACUCCCCGCCCCCUUACCGCUCCCUCAGCUCUUCGAUACCCUCGAGUCCAUGUACCCGGGGAUAAAGGAGAAGGUGUUGACCAGCUGUGGGGUUAGUCUGGGGGAUGAGUAUGUUGAUGUAGAGGCUGAUAUUCAGGUGAUGAUUCAUCCCGGGGAUGAAGUUGCGGUUAUUCCGCCGGUUAGUUCCGGGUGA